AUGUUGAACUGGCAGCAGCGUGGAAAAGAUCUCGAGAGUUGGAUUGAACGAUGUCUCAAUGAAAGUGAAAACAAACGUUAUUCCAGUCACACCUCUCUGGGGAAUGUUUGUAACGAUGAAAAUGAGGAAAAGGAAAAUAAUAGAGCAUCGAAACCACACUCAACCCCAGCUACACUGCAAUGGCUGGAGGAGAACUAUGAGAUUGCAGAAGGUGUUUGCAUUCCUCGAAGUGCGCUCUACAUGCAUUACUUGGACUUCUGUGAGAAAAAUGACACGCAACCUGUUAAUGCUGCCAGCUUUGGGAAGAUAAUAAGGCAACAGUUUCCACAACUAACAACAAGAAGACUUGGAACCAGAGGCCAAUCAAAGUACCAUUAUUAUGGAAUUGCAGUGAAAGAAAACUCCCAGUAUUAUGAUGUGAUGUAUUCUAAAAAAGGAGCAGCCUGGGUCAACGAAGCAGGAAAAAAAGAAGUAACCAAACAGACAGUGGCGUAUUCACCACGAUCCAAACUGGGAACGUUACUGCCAGAGUUUCCAAAUGUCAAAGAUCUAAAUCUGCCAGCCAGUCUGCCAGAGGAGAAGGUUUCUACCUUUAUUAUGAUGUAUAGAACUCACUGUCAAAGGAUACUAGACACUGUAAUAAGAGCGAACUUUGAUGAGGUUCAAAGUUUUCUUCUGCACUUUUGGCAAGGGAUGCCUCCUCAUAUGUUGCCCGUAUUGGGUUCUUCAACUGUAGUGAAUAUAGUGGGAGUCUGUGAUUCAAUUCUGUACAAAGCAAUUUCUGGAGUUUUGAUGCCAACAGUACUACAAGCAUUACCUGACAGUUUGACACAGGUGAUCCGAAAGUUUGCAAAGCAGCUGGAUGAGUGGCUGAAAGUAGCUCUCCAUGAUUUACCAGAAAACUUACGGAGUAUCAAAUUUGAAUUGUCGAGAAGAUUCUCACAAAUACUCCGACGACAGACAUCACUAAAUCAUCUCUGCCAAGCAUCAAGAACGGUGAUCCACAGUGCAGACAUCACAUUUCAAAUGCUGGAGGACUGGAGGAAUGUGGAUCUGAAUAGCAUUACCAAACAAACCCUCUAUACUAUGGAGGACUCGCGGGAGGAACACAGAAAGCUCAUCAUACAAUUGUAUCAGGAGUUUGACCACCUUCUGGAGGAGCAGUCCCCCAUUGAGUCGUACAUCGAGUGGCUGGAUUCCAUGGUGGACAGAUGCGUUGUAAAGGUAGCUGCCAAGAGACAAGGCUCUUUGAAGAAAGUAGCUCAGCAGUUCCUCCUGAUGUGGUCCUGUUUUGGCACUCGAGUGAUUCGGGACAUGACUUUGCACAGUGCACCUAGCUUUGGGUCUUUUCACCUUAUUCACUUGAUGUUCGAUGACUACGUAUUGUACCUGCUAGAAUCACUCCAUUGUCAGGAAAGAGCUAAUGAGCUAAUGAGGGCAAUGAAAGGGGAAGGAAACACAGCAGAAAUAAGAGAAGAAAUUCUUCUGAGUGAACCGGCUCCUCCAACUCCCUCUCCAGUGCCGUUCUCCCCAGUUAAAUCUUCCACCUCAGUGGAAGUGCCCUCUGCCCCCUCGCCCAUCAGCAAUCAGUCCCCAGAGUACAGUGGCAUAGCAGCUACAACAGGAGCUAUGCAAUCCUAUACGUGGUCACUCACCUACACUGUGACAACAGCUGCUGGGUCACCUGCGGAAAACUCCCAACAGCUGUCAUGCAUGAGAAGUCCACAUGUACCAUCAUCAUCUGUCACACACCGGAUACCUGUUUACCCCCACAGAGAAGAACAUGGAUACACAGGAAGUUACAACUAUGGUAGCUACAGCAACCAGCAGCCCCAUCCAAUGCAGAGUCAGUAUCCAUCCUUACCACAUGAUAUUUCUGGACCACUUCACUACUCAGCUUACCACAGAAGCUCUUCGCAGUACCCUUUCAACAGCCCAACAUCAAGAAUGGAGCCCUGUUUGAUGAGCAGUACUCCAAGGCUGCAUCCCACACCGGUGACUCCUCGCUGGCCAGAGGUCCCAGCCGCAAACUCCUGCUACACAAGCCCAUCCAUGCACUCCACAAGAUAUGGGAAUUCUAGUGACAUGUAUACCCCCUUGACUACGCGCAGAAAUUCAGAAUAUGAGCACAUGCAACACUUUCCCGGCUUUGCCUACAUCAAUGGGGAAGCCACCACAGGUUGGGCUAAAUGAAAAUGACUGGUAUCAGCUGAGCCCAUAUACUUAAAAGAGUUCUAAAAACUUCAUGUUAUGUGGGACUUUUCAUGGAUGUUCUUGAAGGGAGGUGAAGAUGGAAAAGAUCCUGGGCAGAUAAAUGUAGUUCAUAACAUGGGCAGGUUGCAGACCA